AUGUCCUCCCACGAAGACGACGGCCCUUUCCCCCUUACGAGAAUCGCUCAAUUGGAGUCUCUCCGCAAAUGCGUCCUUCUUGAUCCCGAUAAGUUCAACGCAAUGGUUUUGACUCAAUUGGCCUUAGCUCAAGACUCCGGCAAUUGGGACUACAAUACUCUUCUAGAUCAGCUCGCUCUCGCUUACGACAAUCCAAACAAAAUUCAAAAAGCUAAAGAUAAGCUGCUUGCUUGCAAGCAAGGUACGGACGCUCUCUAUAUCUACGUCUCACGCUUCGAACGACUUUUGCACGCUGCUCGCUGUCAGACCUGGCCCGACGCUAAUAAGAUUAUUGCGUUCCGUAAUGGUCUGAACUCAACUAUACGGACCCGUCUGAAUGGCCAAUUGACUCUCCUAAUUACGUAUACCGAAUACGUGCACGUCACUCAGCAGCUUGGACGCUCUUCCGGCUCUUCCGGCCCUUCCGGCCCGUCCUACGGAUUCCCUCGACCUUCGGCCCUUCCUCAAAACCGCCCUCGCACGUCAACGAGCCCUCUUCCCGGCGACCCAAUAGACCUUUCGGCAGUCGACCGCGCUCAACAACUCGAGCAAUUGCAGCACGCCAACGAGCUCGGCGCUAUAGAGCUUAUCGACGCUCACGAGGCUGACCAAACUCAGCUAUUGGAAGACCGAUACCCCACUCUCCAGCAUGCUCCUCACAGCACUCUUAAUCAGCGCGAAGCUUGGCGCAAAUCAAAUCGCUAUACCCGUUGCGGUGCAAUCGACCACUAG